AUGAAGCUGCUCAGUGCUGGGAAGAUUGCUGGAAUGUAUUACACCGAGGUGUUCUUCUCCGAUGUUGUGGCCGGUGCUGAACGUGCAAAAAGAUUGGUGCAAGGCUCAACUAGCACCGGAGUGCAUUAUCUCGGUGUGGACCAUGUUGGUUUCUAUCGAAAAAAGCUCGAACAUGGCGGACGAUUCAGUACUCCUCGACUCUACUCCAACAAACGGAAAUACGAGGAGCAAAUCGCUCCUCCUCCGUCAACCCGCAGACCAGGUUUCUCUUCCGGCCCCGAUCCCAUCUGCUUCGCUGAUCCCACCGGCGCAACCGCUGUUCCUCCUCCGUCUUCCUACAACAGCGUCCCUCCUCCGAUGGAUGAAAUCCAGAUGGCUAAGCAAAAGGCACAGGAAAUUGCUGCUCGUCUCCUCAACAGUGCUGACGCAAAACGUCCUCGCGUCGAGAAUGGCGCUUCUUAUGAUUACGGCGACAAAGGGUUUAGCUCUUAUCCUUCCGAGGGUAAGCAGAUGACAAACACGGCUCCAUCUUCGAUACCUGUUUCGUAUGGUAGCUUUUCGGGAACCACUAAGAAGAUUGAUAUUCCGAAUAUGAGAGUUGGGGUUAUUAUUGGUAAAGGUGGGGAAACGAUUAAGUAUCUUCAACUUCAAUCUGGAGCCAAGAUUCAGGUUACGAGGGAUAUGGAUGCAGACCCUAAUGCUCCGACGAGGACUGUUGACCUAACAGGCACACCAGACCAGAUCUCAAAGGCUGAGCAGUUGAUAAAUGAAGUCCUUCAAGAGGCUGAGACAGGUGGUACAGCUGGUUCAGGUGGAGGCUCCCGUAGGAUGGGUGGACAACCAGGAGCUGAUCAAUUUGUUAUGAAAAUUCCUAAUAAUAAGGUUGGUCUGGUGAUUGGCAAAGGAGGUGAAACAAUCAAAUCAAUGCAAGCGAAGACUGGAGCUCGAAUUCAGGUUAUUCCAUUGCAUUUGCCCCCUGGAGAUCCAACGCCAGAAAGAACUUUGCAGAUUGAUGGGACUACAGAUCAGAUUGAACAUGCUAAACAUUUAGUUAAUGAAAUCAUCAGCGGCGAGAACCGUAUGAGAAACUCAUCAAUGGGUGGAGGUUAUCCACAACAAGGUUACCAAGCCCGCCCGCCUUCAAGCUGGGCACCUCCUGGUGCUCCACCAGCACAACAACCUGGUUAUGGUUACAUGCAACCAGGAGCAUAUCCUGGUCCACCUCAGUACGGUCAAUCACCCUAUGGAGGUUAUCCUCAACAAACUUCAGCUGGCUACUCCUCUACCUGGGAUCAAUCCUCUGUGCCACCAUCCCAGCAGAGCGGACAAGGUGAGUAUGAUUAUUACGGUCAGCAACAGUCACAGCAACCAAACAGUGGUGCUAGCUCAGCCCCACCGACAGAUACCACAGGCUAUAAUUACUACCAGAAUGCUUCUGGUUAUGGCCAAGGUGGUCAGGGAUACCCGCAAGAUGGGUAUGGUGCUUAUAAUGCCUCACAGCAAUCAGGAUAUGGUCAAGCUGGGUAUGAUCAGCAACAGGGUGGUUACGGCAGCACUGCUAAUCCAAGCCAAGAGGAAGAUGCAUCUCAAACCGCUCCACCAUCCUCAACUCAGUCUGGACAAGCUGGGUAUGGUACAACUGGUCAACAGCCUACUCAAGGUACUACUGGUCAGGCAGGGUAUGGUGCUGCUCCGACUUCUCAAGCUGGUUACAGCAGCCAGCCACCAACGGCUUACAGUUCUGGUUAUGGAGCACCACCACCAGCUGGAAAGCCACCAGCUUAUGCUCAGAACCAGCAGUCUCCUGGUGCUCCUGGGAGCUAUGGUAGUCAGUCUGGGUAUGCGCAACCAGCUGCGUCAGGGUACGGACCGCCUCCAAGUUAUGGGUAUGGUCAAGCACCACAGGGAUAUGGGUCUUAUGGAGGAUACACACAACCUCCUGCUGCUGGUGGUGGUUACUCCUCUGAUGGGUCUGCUGGUGGUGGUGGUGGUGGUGGUGCGCCGGCUUCGCAGAGUGCUCCACCAGCUGGACCGCCGAAGGCAUCCCCAAAGAGUUGAUAAUGUUUAUGGAUUUUUUUUGGUUUUUUGAGGAUUUCUUAAUGUUCGUGUUUGACAUUUUAGCUGUUUAACAUUUUUCUUUAUAUUUGAGAUAAUGGUUAAUGUGUUCUGUUUUGUCCUCUUCGUCUUCUCAUUUGGUGUAAAGACAUGGUCUCUCUUUUAAGAUAUUGUGUUGUUGAAGUUAUCGCUGUUUUCU